AUGAUUGAUCUUAAGUUGGAAGACUACUUAGCUCAAUUUGGUUUAAUACCCCGGGCUUAUUACUGGGCUUUGAUCCCAUUGACUAUCUUCUUGCUUUAUCGCUGGACACUUGCAACAGAUGUUCCGCAUAUAAAAGGUCUACCUGAGAUCCCAGGCGCAGUUCCAAUCUUUGGCCACCUUCUCAAACUCGGCGAGGACCAUGCAACUGUCUGCGAAAAGUGGUGGCGACAGUAUGGCUACUCCGUCUUCCAAAUCAAGCUGGGUAACACCCGAGCUGUUGUAGUCAACUCUUUUGACGACUGUUGCAAAAUGCUUUUGGGUCAUCAAAACGCCACCAUCGACCGUCCCAAGUUGUACACCUUCCACGGAGUUGUGAGCAUCGUGCAAAAGAAGCGCAAGGCCGCUGGAACAGCCUUGGGAAGACCUGCUUUACGCAAUUACCACCCAAUGUUUGACUUGGAGAGCUUCUGCAUUAUCCGCGAUCUCUACCGUGAUAGUAAGAACGGUACUGUUGAGUUGAAUGUGCGACCAUAUAUUCAGCGAUUCGCUCUGAAUACCACUCUCACUCUUUGCUACGGUAUUCGCAUGGAUGCCGUGUAUGACGACCUCUUGCGCGAGAUUCUCCACGUCGGCUCAGCAAUUUCACUUCUACGGAGUGCUUCGGAGAAUCUUCAGGACUAUAUUCCCAUCCUGCGGUAUAUGCCCAAUAACGAAAAGACUGCCCGGUCGAAGGAGCUCCGCGAUCGUCGCGAUGCUUAUCUAAAUCUCUUGCUCGACAAAGUCCGCGACAUGAUCAAAAAGGGUACUGAUAAGCCCUGCAUUUCUGCUGCUAUCCUCAAAGACGAAGAGACAAAGCUGAGCGGUGUGGAGGUCUCCUCAAUAUGUCUUUCAUUGGUAUCUGGUGGCUUUGAAACCAUCCCUGGUACAUUAACUUCUGCCAUCGGCUCCCUUUCUACACCAGAGGGACAGAUCUGGCAAGAUCGGGCAUACGAGGAUAUCAAGCGACACUACCCCGAUAUCCGCGAUGCUUGGACGAGCUGCAUCAACGAAGAAAAGGUUCCAUACGUCAACGCGAUCAUAAAAGAAGCAGGAAGAUACUACACAGUCAGCUCAAUGAGUCUUCCCCGGAAAACAGUAACAGAAGUAAACUGGAACGGCGCCAUAAUUCCACCCAAGACAAUGAUCUUGAUCAACGCCCAAGCAGGCAAUCACGGUAAGUCGACAAGCCUACUCCUCAAUCCGCUCAUGCACCAAUCUAACAAUCCAUUUUUAGACGUGGACCACUUCGGACCUGAUGGAGGAAAAUUUGACCCAGAAAGAUGGCUCGAGUCAAUCGACCCACCAUUAGAGAGAAAAGUCAAUGGCCUGCCUCACUUGAGUUUCGGCUCUGGAUCACGCUCCUGCUCUGGCCAAUUCAUCGCCUCCAGACUCCUUUACAGUGCCCUCAUCCGUCUGCUUGCCUCGUAUAAGAUUGUUGCUAGCGAAGAUCAGCCGCCAAACACUGAUUACGUCGAGUAUAAUCAGUUCAAGACGGCGCUUGUCGCGAUCCCGAGGGACUUUAAUGUUCGAUUGGUCCCUAGAGACGAUGCCGUCACGAGUGAGUGCUUAAGCUUGGCAGAUAUGCGGACAAAAGAGCACUAUAAGGAGUAA